AUGGCCUCGGUCAAGGCGAUUAAGAACGCAUUCGUGGAGGAUGACGACGUCGUCAUCCCGGACACAAGCGGGAUGCCCGUCACCAAGCGCGCGAAGAUGGGCGGGGAGAACGAAGCCCCGAACGGGGUCGGGGCUGGGGAGGAGAAGAACGAGAAGGAGUGGUGGGAGGUGGACGAGACGGAGGAAGAGUACGUUCCGUUGCGGAAGCGACGGGAUCAGGGCGUGAACGCGGCUGCGGCGAGGAUGGGCCAGAAGCUCCGCGCGCCGGGGGGCGGCGAAGGGGACGAACGCGCGGGAUCUCCGGGGAUCCAGGACGCCGCCGGGCCGUCCUCCAACAAGGGCGGGGACGAACCGGGGGGGCCGAGCAACAUCCGCGAGUUCGCGCCCCCGAAGGAGAAGACAUCGCUCCUGUCGCGCGCCGCCGGGCUCAAGGCCAUGGCGUCGUCCAUCACACCCGCGGAGAAGCUCGCGCAGGAGGAGGCCGCCAUCCUCAAGUCGAUCAACGACAAGAAGGCGCUCAUGUCGGUGCAGGAGCUCUCCAAGGAUGUCGCGUACACCCACUCCAUCGAGACCGGCUGGAAAGCGCCCGCGCACAUCCGCAAACUCACCGAAGAGGAACGGGACGACGUGCGGAACAAGUGGCACAUCAUCGUCGAGGGCGUCGACAUACCCCCGCCCAUCAAGACCUUCCGGGAGAUGAAGUUUCCCAAGCCCAUCAUCGACGAGCUGACGCGGAAGGGGAUAGCUCGACCGACGCCGAUCCAGAUCCAGGGCCUCCCCGUGAUCCUCAGCGGGCGCGACAUCAUCGGGAUCGCGUUCACCGGGUCCGGUAAAUCGUUAACCUUCGUCCUCCCCAUGAUCAUGGCGGCGAUGAUGGAGGAGCACCGAAUGCCGCUGGAGGGGGGCGAGGGGCCGGUGGGGCUGAUCCUUUGUCCCAGCCGCGAGCUCGCCAGGCAGACGCACGAGGUCAUCGAGGGUUUCACCGUCGAGCUGGCCAAGCAGGGCAUGGCGCAGAUGCGAAUCAUGCUGUGCAUCGGAGGGGUGGACUCCAGGGAGCAGAGCGACAUCGUGCGCAACGCCGGCGUUCACAUGGUCACCGCGACUCCCGGGCGGCUGAAGGACUUGCUGCACAAGAAGCGGAUGAACCUGGACAUAUGCAAGUACCUCUGCAUGGACGAGGCGGACAGGAUGGUGGACCUGGGGUUCGAAGACGACAUCCGAGACAUCUAUUCCUUCUUCAAGUCGCAGAGGCAGACUUUGUUAUUCUCGGCGACGAUGCCGGAGAAGAUCCGGAAGUUUGCCGAGUCGGCUCUCGUGAACCCCAUCGUGGUCAACGUGGGCCGAGCGGGCGCAGCGAACCUGGACGUCAUUCAGGAGGUCGAGUACGUCAAGCAGGAAGCUAAGAUCGUGUACCUUCUGGAGUGCCUCCAGAAGACCGCGCCGCCCGUGCUGAUCUUCUGCGAGAACAAAGGCGACGUCGACGACAUCCACGAGUACCUUCUGCUGAAGGGGGUGGAGGCUGUGGCUAUUCACGGCGGGAAGGGUCAGGACGAGCGCGACUGGGCGAUCAGCGAGUUCAAGGCGCAGCGCAAGGACGUGCUGGUCGCGACCGACGUCGCCGGAAAGGGUCUGGACUUUCCGGACAUCCAGCACGUCAUCAACUACGACAUGCCCGAGGAGAUUGAAAACUACGUCCACCGCAUCGGCCGCACCGGUCGCUGCGGUAAGACGGGCAUCGCCACCACGUUCAUCAACAAGAACCAAUCGGAAACGAUUCUGCUGGACCUCAAGCACCUGCUGCGCGAGGCGAAGCAGAGGAUCCCGCCCGUGCUCGCGAUGCUGGACGACCCCAUGGACCAGGAGGCGGAGCUCGUGGCGCUCACCGGCACAAAGGGGUGCGCGUACUGCGGAGGUUUGGGUCAUCGCAUCGGGAACUGCCCGAAGCUGGGAAACUACAAGGAGAAGCAAAUCUCGGACAUGGGUCGCAAGGACGUGUUCGGGUCGGGGGGUUUCGGCGGGGAGAUGUAGUGCUAGUGCUAGGGGCGCCGCCGUCAGUGGACGACGACGCGCGUAUGUCCAUCUACAUAAUAGAGCUAAGCGCUAUUAGAACC